UUUACGGCAAACGUGUGACUCGAGCUUGUUAGCCCCGCGGCUAACUGUGCAAACUCUGUUCAAAUAUCCUAGCAGGAUUUUAUCACCGUUUCAGCUUCAAAACCUUGGAAAAUGGACGUGGGAGAGCUCCUGAAUUACCAGCCGGAUAGAGGAGCAAAGCGUCCCAGAGACUCUGAAGAUGGAGCAGCAGGAAGAGAAGAGAACUCCAGAGGAGGGAAGCACCAGAAAGGCCUGAGCUCCAGGGAGUUGGCCAGACUGCGGGAGGCGGCGUUAGAAGGACGAGUUGACGCGAGAGACGCCGAGGAUCUGACUGGGGACAAGAAGAUGGUUUUAGAGAAACUGAUGGACCAAGACGGCGAAGAACCUGAGGCGGAACUGGUCGAUGAAAGCUCAGUGAAGAAAAUGAUCCUGACCUUUGAGAAAAGAUCGUAUAAAAAUCAGGAGCUAAGGAUAAAGUUCCCAGACAAUCCAGAGAAAUUCAUGGAGUCUGAGCUGGAUCUGAACGACAUCAUUCAGGAAAUGCACGUGAUCGCUACGAUGCCAGAUCUUUACCAUCUGCUGGUGGAGCUUAACGCCGUCCACUCGCUGCUGGGGCUGCUCAGUCAUGAAAACACUGAUAUCCUUUUACCACAUGUUGCCAUAGCCGUGGUGGACCUGCUACAGGAGCUGACAGAUAUCGACACACUCCACGAGAGCGAGGAGGGGGCUGAGGUGCUCAUAGAUGCUCUGCUGGAGGGUCAGGUGGUCGCCCUGCUGGUGCAGAACAUGGAGCGACUGGACGAACUGGUGAAGGAGGAGGCUGAUGGCAUCUAUAACACACUGGCCAUCGUGGAGAACAUGGCAGAGUUCCGGCCCGGCAUGUGCACCGAAGCCGCGCAGCAGGGACUCGUGCAGUGGCUGCUCAAGAGAAUCAAGGCAAAGAUGCCGUUUGAUGCUAACAAGCUGUACUGCAGUGAAAUCUUGGCCAUCUUGCUGCAAAAUAACGACAGUACCAGAGAACUGCUGGGGGAGAUGGACGGCAUAGACGUGUUACUGCAGCAGCUAUCCGUUUUCAAACGUCACAACCCAAACACGGCGGAAGAGCAGGAGAUGAUGGAGAACCUGUUUGACGCUCUGUGCUCCUGCCUCAUGCUGGCGUCCAACAGGGACCGCUUCCUGAAGGGAGAAGGACUCCAGCUGAUGAACCUCAUGCUCCGAGAGAAGAAGAUGUCCAGAACCAGCGCUCUGAAGGUUCUGGACCACGGCAUGAUCGGACCAGAGGGAGCCGAUAACUGCCACAAGUUCGUGGACAUCCUGGGCCUUCGGACAAUCUUUCCACUUUUCAUGAAAACUCCCAAGAAGAUGAAGAAAACCGGAGCUUCAGAGAGAGAGCACGAAGAACACGUCUGCUCCAUCAUCGCCUCCAUGCUGAGGAAUCUCAAGUCCCAGCAGAGAACCCGCCUGCUCAACAAAUUCACAGAGAACGACUGUGAGAAGGUUGAUCGACUGAUGGAGUUGCAUUUUAAGUACCUGGAGGCGGUUCAGCAGGCCGACAAGAGGAUCGAAGGAGAGAAACAUGAGAUGGUUCGUCGCGGGGAGAUUCUGGACGACACCAUGGAGGACGAGUUCUACCUUCGCCGCCUGGACGCAGGAUUGUUUGUCCUUCAGUUGAUCUGCUAUAUUAUGGUGGAGAUCAGCAACUCAGGGAUCUCUCAGCUGCAGCAGCGGGUCCAUCAAAUUCUCAAUCUCAGAGGAGGUUCCGUCAAAGUCGUGCGCCACAUCAUGAGAGAGUACGCCGAGAGCAUCGGGGAUGGGAAGAGCGAGGAAUUCAAAGAGGCCGAGCGGAAGAGGAUCAUGGACCUUGUAGACAACUUCUAAUCUGACUUUUUUCUUUCUUUUUCUUCCCCAAACUC